CCAAUGGGCUAGGGGAGUCGGGGGAGGGAGGCGGAGCUUGUCCAAGCCAAUCGGCGGGUGCGCCCUCGUUGCCGCUCUAUGCCGUUCCGCCCCGGCUCGCUGGUCCCAGAAGGCUCCGAGUUUCCCAAGAUGGCGGCCGACGUGUCCGUUACUCACCGGCCCCCUCUGAGCCCGGAGCCUGUGGUCGAAACUGAGGCUGGUGAUGCUUCGGAGCGCCGGGUGCCGGAAGAGGAGCUUCCGCCGCUGGAUCCAGAAGAAAUCCGGAAACGCCUGGAGCACACCGAACGCCAGUUCCGUAACCGCCGCAAGAUACUGAUCCGAGGCCUCCCGGGGGAUGUGACCAACCAGGAAGUGCAUGACCUGCUCAGUGACUAUGAACUGAAAUACUGUUUUGUGGACAAAUACAAAGGGACAGCCUUUGUGACACUGCUGAAUGGGGAGCAGGCCGAGGCUGCCAUCAGCGCCUUUCACCAGAGCCAGCUACGGGAGCGGGAGUUGUCAGUGCAGCUACAGCCCACGGAUGCGCUGCUGUGCGUGGCCAACCUGCCCCCCAGCCUGACACAGCAGCAGUUCGAAGAGCUGGUGCGGCCCUUCGGCAGCCUGGAGCGCUGUUUCCUGGUUUACAGUGAGCGCUCUGGCCACUCCAAGGGCUAUGGCUUUGCGGAGUACAUGAAGAAGGACUCGGCCGCCCGUGCCAAGUCAGACCUUCUGGGCAAGCCGCUAGGCCCACGCACCCUCUACGUGCACUGGACGGACGCCGGGCAGCUGACUCCUGCCCUGCUCCACUCGCGCUGCCUCUGUGUUGACCACCUGCCACCCGGCUUCAGUGAUGUGGACGCCCUGCGCAGGGCACUCUCAGCUGUCCAUACACCCACCUUCUGCCAGCUGGCGUACGGCCAGGAUGGGCAGCUGAAGGGCUUCGCUGUGCUGGAGUACGAGACGGCAGAGAUGGCUGAGGAGGCCCAGCAGCAAGCCGACGGGCUGGCCCUGGGGGGCAGCCACCUGCGUGUCUCUUUCUGUGCCCCCGGGCCUCCUGGCCGCAGCAUGCUGGCUGCCCUCAUCGCUGCCCAGGCCACAGCCCUCAAUCGGGGCAAAGGGCUCCUCCCUGAGCCCAACAUCCUGCAGCUGCUCAACAACCUGGGGCCGUCUGCUUCCCUCCAGCUGCUGCUGAACCCUCUGCUCCACAGCAAUGCGGGGGGCAAGCAGGGCCUCCUUGGUGCCCCCCCAGCCAUGCCGCUACUGAACAGCCCAGCCCUGUCCACAGCGCUGCUGCAGCUGGCCUUGCAGACCCAGGGUCAGAAGAAGCCUGGCAUCCUGGGAGACUCUCCCCUGGGCCCCCUCCAGCCAGGAGCCCAGCCAGCCAACCCCCUCCUGGGAGAGCUGUCUGCAGUGGGGGGUGUGCCCCCAGAGCUGCCACCCCGGCGAGGGAAACCACCACCCCUGCUGCCACCACUGCUUGGCCCCUCUGGAAGUGACCGGGAGGUCAUGGGCUUGGGCCCUCCAGCAACCCAGCUCACACCACCCCCGGCCCGUUCCAGCCUUAGAGGCCUCCAGAAAGACAGUGGGCCUCUGCCAACGCCCUCUGGGGUCUCGCUGCUGGGGGAGCCUCCUAAGGACUUCCGGAUCCCCCUGAAUCCCUACCUGAAUCUACACAGCCUGCUCCCAGCCAGCAACCUGGCGGGUAAGGAGGCCCGAGGCUGGGGGGGCGCUGGGAGUAGCCGCCGCCCAGCUGAGGGCCCCCUGCCUCCCCCCCCAGCCCCUGGAGGCGCCAGCAAAGCCUUCCAGCUCAAGUCCCGCCUGCUCGGCCCCCUCACCAGCACCCGCCUGCCCCCUGAGCCAGGGUUGCCCGACAGCUAUGGCUACGACUACCCCUCGGACAUGGGGCCUCGGCGGCUCUUCUCCCAUCCACGAGAGCCUGCCCUAGGGCCUCAUGGACCCAGCCGACUCAAGAUGUCCCCCCCCCCCAGCAGCUUCAGUGACCGGAGUGGUGGGGGGUCGCUGGCUCACUUCUAUUCGGGCUCGCCCACCUCCUACUUCACCAGCGGCCUGCAGGCUGGCCUCAAGCAGAGCCACCUCAACAAGGCGGUUGGCUCCUCUCCACUGGGCUCUGGAGAAGGGCUUCUCGGCCUCAGCCCUGGGCCCAAUGGCCACAGCCCUCUGCUGAAGACUCCACUGGGUGGCCAGAAACGCAGCUUUGCCCACCUGCUGCCCUCCCCGGAGCCCAGCCCAGAAGGCAGCUAUGUGGGCCAGCAUUCCCAGGGCCUGGGCGGCCACUAUGCAGACUCGUACCUGAAGCGGAAGCGAAUUUUCUAA